GAAUCUGGCAAACUUGAGUUGCAAAACAAGCUGUGUUAUUCUCUAUUGUUUUUAAUGACGUGAGAAAUAGGUGGAUACUAAAUUAUUCAGUUAUUUUUAAGUUUCCUUUUGAAUGGUCAUAGUGUAACGACGUAAAGAAGAGAAUGGGCCAUUCAGCCCAACAAUGCUCGCCAUUUUCCCAACACUAAAUUGUACCUAGUGCUCAGUUCACCUACAGACUAGUAUCUAGCACCAUAUGAAGCCUGGUCUUGGAAAAAACCCCUGAGUUUCUGCCUCCACUGCAUGACCUGGCGAGCUGUUCCACACAGUGACUACUCUGUGUGAAAAAAUUCUUCCUCAUGUCUGUGAUAACUUACCUUUUUGCUCAUCCUAAAUCUAUCCUCAUUCCUCAUUUAUCUUUCAUACCAGGAACCAAUUUAGGUGACUUUCUUUGAACCUUUUGCAUAUCUUCUAUAUAUCUGUCUUGUAGUACAGGUCCCAGAACUGCACGCAAUAUUAAGUGCAGCUACCUGAUAAAGGUAGUGCUUAAGAUAAGUAUGUUUCUUUGAUUUAUACUUGAUACAUUCGGCUAUAUAUCCAGUUGGUCUUCUUUUUUUUUGUUUUGUUUACUCUUACAGCACAGUACCUAGAACCUGAAAGCUUUCCAUCAAAUAUGACCUCAACCAGGGUCAUAUUGUUCAUUGUACAAUACUUGGAAUAAGGUUAUAAAAAGCGGAGAAUCCAAGUUAUCCAGUAACAGUUUUUUUUUUUUUUUUUUGCUUCCUGUUUAAAAAGUGGAAACUAAAUCAUUCAGUUUGAUAAGUUUCUCUGUCCAUAUUCUGUUAAACAGGACUUCAGUGUGAUGAGGGUCACAUUUUGCCAUUAAAUCUGUCUCAGUUCUGGGCAGUCUGAACUUAUAUUUUAUGCAAAACAUGCUGGGAGACCAACAAAAAAAUUGUUUCCCCCUAUUUUUCAUUUCAUUCAAAAUAAUAGAGAAUAAUGAAACUAGUCUGGCACUGAGGUGACACUGGGCAGUAUGAAGUCAUAUUUCAUGCAAUAUGGACAUGGACACGAAGAAGUCAGACACUGGAGAAUUUGGUUUCCCCCUGUUUUCAUUUCAUUAAAAAUAAUACCGAAUCAUACAACCUUUUUAUCCACUUGGGUUUGUCAGAUUAAAGAGUGACUUUUGAUUUUGAUUCCAACCCUGUUUUGGCACAUCUGAUUAUACUGAUUAGCAGCUCAACGAGAGCCCUAGCUGUUGUUGAGGUGUACAUUGUUAGGGUUGGAGUGAAAACCUACAGGACGGUGGAUCUCCGGUCUAACUCCUUGCCCCUCCUCGUCGGUUCGAGUGUCUACUCGUGUUCUUUUGAUGCUGCGUCACGUCCUCCCGUGGGAAGUUUACAAGUGAAGUUUGCCAGCGCGGAGCAUUUAACGGAUUGUGGACCGCGGAAUUAGGCACGGCACCCACUUUUACUUGAUCUGCGGCUUUAUCUGUGAUGGAGAUUCAAGAGCCCCGGUCCUAACAGGUUUCGCCCGCCAUCUCCAUCGGCGACCCGCGAGUCAUGGUGCACUCACAGUACGCGCCUUUGCCCUUGAUGUUGUGUUGCCGUGGCGUUGAGCAGCGAUGAGAAUUUACUGGAAAAGGACCUUGACCGCCGCAACGCUAUUCUUCACCUUCGUCUUCGCCUACCUCACCAUCAGCCAUGACAACUCUAAGCCAGACGAGGUGCAGUUGUUGGCCAGGGCGACUGUCUUACGGCAGUGGAAUUCAGCCAGGAGCCAGCAGGUGUUCCAGGACCUCCAGAACGACUCCGUGCCAUUCAAUGUGACCUACCGUUUUCUGGCAGGCUCUACUACACAGACCCGAAAAUUCCUCACUGUGGGCCUGUGCUCCAUAAAGAGGAAGCGAGGGACUUACCUGCUGGACACCCUGCAGUCCAUCUUCUCGCAGUCUUCGGAGGAGGAGCUGAGGGACAUGGUGGUGGUGGUCUUCUUGGCCGACUUCGACACAGACUGGAACGAGCGUACAGCGCGUGACAUCAGCGACCUCUUCCCUGUCCCCGUCCUCAGAGGCCAGCUCCUGGUCAUCCACGCCCCCCAAAGUUAUUACCCUCCCCUCGAAGGGCUGAAGAGGAACUUCAAAGACAGCCCCGCCCGUGUCCACUUCCGCUCCAAGCAGAACGUGGACUACGCUUUCAUCCUGGGCUUCAGUGCCAAGCUGUCCAGCUACUACAUCAUGCUGGAGGACGAUGUUACUUGUGCCAAGAACUUCUUCACCGCCAUCAGAAAGUUUAUCCUGUCCCUGGGGCAGUCUUACUGGGUGACCUUGGAGUUCUCUAAGCUGGGCUACAUCGGCAAGCUGUACCACUCCAAGGAUUUGCCCCAGUUGGCCAAGUUCCUCUUCCUCUUCUACCAGGAAAUGCCCUGUGAUUGGCUGCUGAACCACUUCAACAAGCUCCUCACCCAAAAGGACGUAAUUCGCUCCAAUCCCUCUCUCUUCCAGCACGCGGGUCUGUAUUCGUCCUUUGGAGGCACCCUCAACCGCUUGAAGGACGACGAGUUUGAAGAGGAUCCUGGGGGCGUUGCCGACAACCCCCCCGCCAGCGUCCUGACGGACAUCACCCAGUUCAACGAGUACACCCCGGACAAGGCCUACGGCAACAGGGCCGGCUACUUCUGGGGGAAGUCCCCUGCCGCCGGCAACCAUUUCACCGUUGUGCUUCGCAAACCAGCCGUCUUCACGCGCCUCGUAAUCGCAACCGGGUCCAAGGACGGGAAAAAAGACAUCCUAAAAUCUGCUGAGGUGGCGGUGGGCCGGGACCGGGUGGAGACGCCUCAAGGACCCACGUGUUCAAGGUACUUUAAUCUAGGCCACUUGGUCAAGGGCCGGUUCGACGCGAAGAACAUUCAGGAAGAAAUCGGCAGUUCUCUCUCUUGUCUGAGAAUCAAAGUGACGAACACACAGCAAGAGUGGGUUAUCAUUCAGAAGAUAAACAUUUGGAUCAAGGACAAAAAUUAGAGUGAAGAGUUACUGAGGUAAUUUGUCUGGGGGCAUGGACUGCAUAGAGCACAUAUCAGGGACUUGUCUAAACAAGGGAACAGGGGUUGCAUUGCACUAAUACUGCCCACACACGCUCAUGCUGCUUCCGUGAAGGAAUUUAAUUUUUCUUGUGACUACUUGUGAUUUUAUGUUCACACAUUAUUGUGGUAAAUUAAGAUUACACUUGUAAAAACGUAUGCAAUAAAAAAUAUGCAAUACACGCUUUGUAAAAUGUAUAUACACAUAUUCACUUUUAAAAACUAGAUAUAUCACUGCAAAAAUAACCUUAUGUAAGUAUGCCUUUUCAAAUAGAUCGCCUUAACCAGUCAAUAAGGCUCGUCAUGAAAUAAUGAAUUCAUAAUUAUUUUAGUAAUCUGUCAGUCAUUUGCAUAUGUGCGGUCCUGUGAUUACCAUACGCAAGCAAGGGCCAGGAGGGUCACUGCAGUGCGACUGCUGGCGAUCCAGAGCGACGUGCAGUCAGAUAUCUGUCCUGGUGGAACCCCAAAGCUCUGUUAAAACCUUUAAAGCCAAGGAUGUCACAGAUGAGCUGUGCUAGUCUAAGGCACGGGCGUCGCCGUAGCAACCCGCUUGACCGGAGCUGCGCGUGGGCCGGCUCAGUCAGAAUGACCGAGUUCACGUCUGUCUGGGUUGGGCGAUUUCGUCUUUCUUACGGCAGCUGUGUUUGUGUCAUAACAGUAGCUAUAAAAAGGCUCUAAAGUCACAACCUCCAAUAAAGCAAUAAACAAACAGUGCAGAGAGAGAGUCGCCUCUGAGCCUGGCUAAAACCUAUUUGCUUGUAGGAAAAUGACAUGGAAAUAUUUCCUCCGACCCUUGACAAGGCCGCUUAUGAUGCGGAUUAGAAUUACAGUUGGUAUGGUGCUUUUCUAUGCUUUAUGGAUUUGCGAAAGCUAAUCAAAUAUGGCAUUGUGUUAUAAAACACAAGCAGUAGGUUGAGUUGAGGUCAGAAGAUUGAAUCCAGUCAGUUUUUACAUGUUUUGAAAUAUGUUGUUCCAAAUUUAUUAUGGCCUUGUUACUAAUAAUGGUGGUAAAACUGUAAAUACUAGGGGUGUAACAAUAUAUCGAUGUAUUGAUUCGAAGGGCAACGAUCCAAUCCAAUCAACACAACAUGCAAAAAUCGAUCUAUAUCAUUAUGAAUCGCAGCAAAGUAUUUGUUUAAAUGUCCAUAAUCUUGCUCUCUAGCAACAGUGCCAACAUCAUUGUUUACGUUUCCAACUUGAUGUUGUUACUCGCACUAUUGCUGUUUUCCCUUGUUAAAUAUGACGUCAGCAUAUAUAUAUACAUAUAUAUAUAUACUCAUCGGAUACUUCAUUAGGUACUUGCUAGUACCGGGUGUGGUCUUCUGCUGCUGUAGCCUAUCUGCUUCAAGGGUCGACGUGGUGUGCGUUCAGAGAUGCUCUUCUGCAUACCUCAGUUGUAACGAGUGGUUAUUUGAGUUACUGUUGCCUUUCUAUCAGCUCAAACCAGUCUGACCAUUCUCCUCUGACCUCUGCCAUCAACAAGGCAUUUUUGUCCUGAGAACUGCCACUCACUGGAUACCGGACCAUUCUCUGUAAACCUUAGAGAUGGUUGUGCGUGAAAAUCCCAGGAGAUCAGCAGUUUCCGAAAUACUCAAACCCGUCUGGCAUCAACAACCAUGCCACGUUCAAAGUCACUUAAAUCACCUUUCUUCCCCAUUCUGAUGCUUGGUUUGAACUUCAGCAGAUCGUCUUGACCAUGUCUACAUGCCUAAAUACAUUGAGCUGCUGCCACGUGAUUGGCUUAUUAGAUAUUUGCGUUAAUGAGCAGUUGAACAGGUGUACCUAAUGAAGUGGCUGGUCAGUAUAUAUAUAUAUAUAUAUAUAUAUAUAUAUAUAUAUAUAUAUAUAUAUAUGCACACAUACACACACACAAAUGUAUAUGUAUAAAUACAUAUAUAUAUGUGUGUGUGUGUGUGUGUGGAUUGUUUCUUAAUAUAUCAGAACAUUUUGGAUCAUAUUGUGGCAAUAUUUGUGAUAUUUCCAAAUACGAACCGUAUUUGCCUCAAGAAUUGAAAUCAUAUCCUAUCUUGGUGAAGCCUGAAGUUUACACCCCUGGUAAAUGCAGUCAAUACUCCAUGUGCAUUUCCUUGUCCGUGAGAGAUUCUAUAAGAUGGUUCUCUGAAUUAUCUGAAUAUAUAUUUGACCUGCUGUAGAAAGGGAUUCAGGUUGUGCCUAAACGGCCUUUUAAACAGAAUGUAACUGUGUUCGCAAUUUAUCUUUAAAAUGACCGAAUGAAGCUAUUGGCUGUCACACUAAUAAUGGUGAAGAAUUCCAUAGCAAGAUUUCACCCCCAUUUUAAACCGAUAUAUGUCCCAGAUAAAUUCUGAAGGCUGGUGUGAUGUCAUAGUGUCAUAGAAUGUGAGGGUUAUUCAUUAACUUCUUGCCACUAUGGUAAAGACUUACAUACUGCACCAGUUAUCUGAACAGGAAGUGAGGAGGGGGUGUGCCUUAACAAAACUCACAAGCAAAAAAAGCUUUUAGUAUUUAGUACUUUAGUACUUACUUUUAGUUUACUGACUGUGUGAAAUCUCUUCCGUUUCACUUGUGUUUACUCUGUAUCAGUCAAUCGCCAUGACACCACUGUGCCUACUCACAAGCUUUACAGCGGCCAGUCUGGCCUGUUGUACACUGAAUGUUCCAGCAUUUCCAGAGAAAUGACUUUCAGUGUGCAGUGCUCAAGUUAUAUUUAAAAUGUUUGAAAUAAUGGUUGUGGGUGUGUACGGCAUAAGACACUGAUGUUAAGAUGUUACUCAGGCCAGAUUCCAAACUGCCUACGAGACAAUAAUGCUUAGACUUGAACUAAACCAAAAAUUCAAAUAUAUAAAUAUCUAAGAUAUUUGUUCGCCAAAUGAAUGUUUAUUUUAUGAUUUCGUUUAUUUUAUGAUUCGGGGUGUGGUUGCAAGAUAUCAAAGGUGGGGUAAUGUAUUUAAUCUUUGGUUGUAUGUAUAAAGGUGAUUUAUAGCAUGUGUUGUCUUGAAAUGACUUCCAUAACAAUGUGUUUUUAAAGUGGGAAGGCAUGAAGUAUUUUUGAUCAAAAAUAUUGUUUUCUGCCACAGAUGACUGCAUUUUGACUUUUGAUGGUAUUCUUUUAUUUAAAAAAUGAUAUUUACUUUGUAUUUAUGAAAAGUAUCCAAGCUGAAAAUGAAAAUAAAUUCUCAAUGAAAUAUUUUUCUUUGGUGAAAUAAGCCUUUGAAAGUGAUCAAUUAAAACUAGAAAUGUUGCCACCAUUUUGGGUAUCAUUUUGAUGUGCAAGCCGUUGAUGUGGCAGUGGCUGGGGUUUAUUCAUGGAUGUCAGGCAUAAAGCUGACUGACUUUGGCUCUUUACACACCAACAUUUUGAGAAGCUGAGGAAGUUUAUUGGGUUACCAUGUGAUUGGACAAAGAUUAGCCAGCUACGCAGUCAAAAAAUGACUUUUGGUUGUAGUAUAUGCCAUAAAAAUAAGCUAAAUUUAAAUACAUAAAUAGACUAAAAGUGAACUAAUCUGUAUUUUUAUAAUAUUUUUCCCCCAUCAGUCAUUUAUAAAAUGAAGGAUGAUAAAUUGAAAUGGCAAAGUUACAAAGGUAACAGAAUGCUAAUCUUUUUUAUAUGCUACACUUUUUAGUAACAUUUUCCAACAAAAUAAUAAUUUAAUGAACAAUUAAGUAAGCUAAGUUAAUUUUAAUAUACUGAAUUUUCUGUAAAUUUCCUUUUGCAAAAUACCAGUGUUUUUUCUUUACAGUUCGAGAGCUUUUGCUUAAAGGGGAUACAUGUCUCCAAGUGCUGAGGAAGGUUAAAACCAGGGUGUUGAGCACUAAAUAAACUGAACUCUGCAUAUCUAUUCUUAUUAUCCUAAUUGGGUUAUUUUCUUUAGGGAUUAAACAAAACAUGUAGAUAUGCUUUCAACCCUUUCAGAUUCGUCUUUCCACCCUAACACUUACCCCCGCGUAUGCAUUGCUCUCUGGAUUGUGUGUCCUGUGAUUACUUUGCAUUAUCGUUUUUCUAAGGAAUUUCAAGGGAAGCUAGGCUGGUUAUAUUUAAUGAUGUCCUGAUUUGUAACAUGACUGUUGUAAUAUGAAAUGUAUUAUUUAACGGGUUAAAAAUAAAAAAAUGACCUCAAA